UGCAGAUACACUUUAAACUGCGGAGAAUGGUUUGAAGAAAAAGACACAAUUUCAACUUUGCAAGACCUGUUUGAUCAAUUCUGAGAAACUUUCAGGAGACCACUGGGCCAUGCUUGCCUGCGAUCAGCCAUUUAUUAUGACUUAGCUGACUGGCCUACCGUAAUUAGUCGACAGCUCUUAUACUGAACAAUCAAUGCCACCAACUUUCCACUGGUGAAUGGAUAAUGCCGCAGAAAAAAGAUGAGUCCAUAGAUUGAGUAUCAGGACAUGAGUCAAUAGAUAAUCAGGACUACUGGGUCUACAGUCAAGAUACAAUCUUUGGUCUCCGUUAUCUGUCCCACCGCGCCAUGUCACUGGAGGUGGAAGGUGACACCUCUCCAGAUGUUCUGCGCUGUACAGUGUGUCUGGAAGACUACAGGCCCCAUGGACCCCUCAAGCCUCGUAUCUUGCCCGUAUGCUUGCACACCUUCUGCGAAGGCUGCCUAGAAAGACUGGGGGUGGACAACGGCUACAGCAUAUCAUGCCCAAUAUGUAGGGUAUUAAAUGAUGUCUUUGGGAAGGACGGGAUACAGACGCUGCCCAUCAACAGCAGGGUGUCCUAUUUUGAGGCUAUCGAAGAAGAGGUGGAAGAACCGGACAUCAUAGACUUCAUCGAUCCUAGCGAGCCAUCCUGUCCCAUGUGCGAAAGCCUCACUCUCUACGCUCCUUUCGGUUUGGACGCGGAUAUCACCCAGUGUCACACUUGCCAAUGGGUGAGUGUGGAAGUGAUGGAGGUUGAGAAGAAAGGGCCACCCACCGUGAGCUCCAUUGCUGAAGUCAAAGUCGAUAAGGCUGUUGAGAAAGCUGGGAAAGAGGAGGCUUCACUCCAGAGUCCUGGACCACGGCCAGCCAAGAGAAAGUCCCUACUGGGGAGGGCAAUGCACUACUUGAGGAAACGUUUCUCAGCUCGCUGACGCCGCCUGCUGGAUGGAGAUGGGAUCUGCAGUCAUUCUCCCCACCCAACGUGACUGAACUUUGUGAAACCUGCUAAACAUGGUCUAUCAUAGAACUCCCACCAUACUGCACAAAUUUCCCCCACUAUGCAGAGAUCCGCCCACUAACACUACCACCCCCUUACCAUUAUCUGGCAAUGGGGCCUUUAAGUCUCUGUUCAAAAUAAAUCUCAUAUAUGUUUUCAUUUGUGUGCUUAGGUGCCUUUGACCUCACAUGUCUCACGAGCAGGGCCCUCUUCCCUCAUGUGCUUUUCCUACCCUCACUUAUAACAUCAUCUCCUUACCAUUGCCUAUAACAGCACCAAACCUCUGGCUUCAUCCGCCCUGCUGACCAUUUGGGUAGAAUGACCGCUGCUGCAGUAAUGUUUAUAAACCAUGUCCAUGUUCUGCAUUGUUCUGUACUGUAAGCCACUUUUUUCUUGUUUUGUUGGCACUGUUUC